GUUACGUCACGGCGCAGAGUGAUCCUUGUGUUGUGAUUGGCUGAGCGCGAAUUUUGAAUUACACUCGCAGGGUAUCCUCGUUAUUUGAGUUAUGCAGCAAAGUUAGAUUAGAUUAGAUUGAUUUUGUUGUUUUUAUCCACAUAACACUGGAGUCUUGUUUGUUGUAUCGUUUUGUUUUUAUCAUACAGAGAUGGAUGUCGCCGCAUAUUUACAGCGUUUUGAGAGCAGUAUAAAUACGUACGUGGGAGAUGAUCCUCUGGAGCAGUGGGACAAGUUUGUUGAGCUCCUGGAGCGGAAGUUACCUCCAAACGACACCAGUCAGCUGUCACUUGUAUUUAACCGUUUAGUUGAGACAUUUUUAAAUGAAGAUAAAUACGCCAAUGAUCAACGAUAUGUCAACUACUGCAUCAAAUGUGCCAGCACGUACCCUGACCCCAUCGCACUGUACAGUCACAUCUUCAGUAAAGGCGUGGGAACAUGCAGCACUGCUUUAUAUGUGUGCUGGGCACAACAGUUGGAACAGAGAGGCAUGAAUGACCAAGCCGAGGCUGUGUACCAGAAGGCCCUAGAGAACCAGGCUCAGCCAGCUGAACCACUGCUCCAUGAAUACAGGCAGUUUCAAUCAAGAACAAAGUGUCACGUAACAGCAUUAGGAAGCCGUAACCCUUUACAAAACUCCCAUUCAGCCAAUGUAAUGUCAACCCACAGAGAGCCAUCUGCUUCAAAUAAGCAGUCUACAGCAGUAGAUUGCCAACCUGCCAAACCAGCAGAACGUAAAUACGUUAUCAUGAUUUCCCGAUCUGAGUACUCGGGGAAAAUCCCUCCGAGCUCCAAUGAUAACACUGUAGCCGCCUAUGACAAGGAGGCUCUGCAGUUCGAUGGGUCUGAGCUGUGCUUCGAGGAAGUGCGGGCCCAAAGGUACUUCCAAAAACUCCAGGCACAACAGGAGCAGAAGCAGGAAGAAGCGCAGAGCCAAGCAACCAUUGCCUUUGAAGGAGAGGAAACUCAGGAUGUGAAUUUCUGGAUGAAGUUUAAGAUGGCUCUUGACACAGUGGAGCAUAUUUCAGAUCUAACCACAAGUGUGAGUUCAGUCACAGAUGCCCAUCAUCCUUUAGUGCACCAACGACCACCUGCCCACCCCGGCAGCAAGAAGUCGCUGGGCUUUAAGCUGCACUCAGAGCCCAAAGUUAUUGCUGACGCCCCCAGAAGCUCUGGAUCUGAUUCUCAAAUGGACAUCAAUGCUUCUACUUAUGGACAAUCUCUCCCUGCACCAAUUACUCAAGUACCCCAGCAAGUGCCAGUUCCAGCUGCCAGUGUGACAAAUGAGGCACUGCUUUCAGUGGCAAACUUGUCCCAUCAUGCACCUCUUCCACCUGCAACAAUGUCCCAUCAUGCACCAAUCUCAGAUGCCAACAUAUACCAUCAUGCACCUGCUCUAAAUGCAUCUGUAUCACAUCAUGAACCCGUUAUACCACAAAGGACCUCCGAUCAUUGUCCACCAGAAAAUGACAAUGAAGACAAUGAGGAGGUCUGUGAUGCAGAGCAGGAGGUUAACGACGUGAUAAUGGACAUGUUCCAGGCUCCUACACUUUUGGAGGACCCAUUCCCCAAUGCUUCAGAGGAGAGGGACUUUGACGUAAUAUAUACCAGAAAAGGACCCAGUGUCGUACCAGCCACUUCAGCCCCAUUCACCAUCUUCGAGGACAAUGAUGAGCAGAUUGAAAACAAGGAAAACUGCAGUGCGCCCCCUGCUGUGAGUGAGAAAGUGAAACCAGUCAGAACUCUGGCCGAACUACCCAAAGCUACCAAACCGAACGACACCCCAACAGAACUGACCCCAGAUGAAAGUACCAUGUGGGGGGCCCAUUUCCACGCUCAGAACUCCCUGGCUGCGUGUCCCAACAGCACUUCGGACUUUGCCAUGCUAGCCCGCUUUGUGUCUACGCCGUUCACCCACAAGACCCCCGUGAGCACCACAAACUUCUAUUUCCCCGACCAAGAAGUUGGUGUAGCGCCUUCCAAAAUGCUCAGCCCCUUCACCAAGAAACUGAGCCCCAUCAUGGAGCAGAGCCCAUCAGAGGAGAAGCUCAACGACACAGCAGUGACCCAGCAGUCCCUGGGCGCUCGUCAAGGCACCAUCGUGGGGGAGGGCGUGGCUAUGAACACCCAGCUCCUGGCCAACUCCUGCACCACCAUGGUCCAGCCUGCUCCUCCUGCUGUGCUGUCCUUCAGAGACCAGACCAUUUGCCCCAGCAACACCUCUGUGCACAGGAGCACUGGACCAGGAUGGGAAGUCUACACCAGCCCUAAGCCCAAACCUGAACACGAGCCCUUCACCAUUAUGGAGGACAAGGAAGAACCUCUGUGUGCUCUCGGGCCUCCUACACAGGACGUCCCCAUGAGCCCAGAGAGUGCCCCGCGGCCAGACUGGCUCACCACCCAAAGCCCGGAGGUGUCGGAGGAAAGGGACCUGGAUGCCUUCCUCUCCCCUCAUCACCCCAGAGCACCUUGUGUUACCCAUACAAGCCUACAUACAAGCCAGGAUGUGCCAAUGAGUCCCCAAGUGGAGUGUCAUACAGACUGUGAAAUGAUGAGCCCGUACAAAGAAGCGAGGGCUCCGUUAGAUGUGUCUAUGAAAAGCGGAAACCCCAGGACAGACAGAGCUAACCCUGGGAUGACUCUCAUGUCUGAUCCGUGGAACGAGGAGCUCAUUGGGCACUUGUUGGGCAGUAUGGACCCCCCCCUGACCGCGCACCCUCACUGCGUCACGUGGCAGUGCAAUCUCCCCAACAUCGCACCCAAAAUGACCCUCUCCAUGGGUAAUUCAUCUUUGCGGGUGGAUUGUGUUCUUGGGGAAGGAGCUUUUGCCAAAGUUUACCAGGCCACAGACCCCAUGUCGUCUGACAAGAUGGUUCUGAAGGUGCAGAAACCAGCCAAUCCCUGGGAGUUUUACAUUAACACACAGUUGGACGCUCGCAUACCUCAGUCAGUGCGUCAUUUCUACAGCAGUUUUCACUCUGCUCAUUUCUUCAAAAAUGGUAGCGUCCUCCUCGGAGAAAUGCACAACUACGGCACACUGCUGAAUGCAGUGAACAUGUACCGUACUUUGGGGGACAAAGUGAUGCCUCAGCCUCUGGUCCUGUACUUCAGUGUGUGUAUCCUCCACAUGAUCGAGCAGCUGCACAGUGUGGGUAUAAUCCACGCGGACGUCAAACCAGACAACUUUCUACUUGGAGAGAGGUUCCUGGAGAAGAGAAGCUUUGAUGGGGAGAACCUGGACCACGGCCUGGUGCUCAUCGACCUGGGCCAGAGCAUCGACAUGAGGCUGUUCCCACAGGGCACCGCCUUCACCGCCAAGUGUCUCACCUCAGGCUUCCAAUGCACUGAGAUGCAGACAGGCAGACCGUGGAACUAUCAGACGGACUACUUUGGUGUUGCGGGCACUGUCUAUUGUAUGUUGUUUGGGACCUACAUGCAGGUGGUAAAUGAUGAUGGCAUCUGGAGGACUAAUGGUGUAUUUAGAAGGAACCCUCACAGUGACUUGUGGCAGCAGUUUUUCCACACUCUGCUGAAUGUUCCGGACUGCAACUCUGUACCAGACCUGAGAGGUCUGAGGCAACAGCUCCUGUCUGUGCUGGAGCAAAACUACAGCUCCAAACUGGCCUCACUAAAGAGCCGUCUGGUCGUUCUGCUACUGGAGAACAGCAGGAAUAACCAACGCAGAUGACCACCACCCACCCUUAUGGACUUUAAUACUGACUCUUUGGCUUUGGCCACAAGUAGCCUGAUCCUUUUAGACUUUCUAAGUUUAUUAUGUUUUUAUUGUACUACUGGCUUGAAACGUCCUUGGACUGUGACAUGGUGAAAUUUGGGUUAAAUUGAAGAUGACAAUUUUUCACAUAUGAUCCUAAACAUGAGGACUGCUUUGUGCCAACCUUUUAAAGUUACCAUUUAAUUAACCCCCCCCCCCCCCCUCUCGUCUUCCUCUGCCAGACCAAUCUGUCACACUAUCAAACAGUAGUAACACAUAUAGCAUCUUGUGGUGAGAUGUGAGAAAACAGUGCUGGGUCGGCCAAUCUAAUUACUGAUAGUAGCUUUAAAUACAGAUUACAAAGACUAAAAUUAAAGUUAAACAUGGUUGGUGCAAUGUACUUCAGUCUACUACUUUUAUCAUGAAGCAAUGUACCAGCAGAAGGCACAAAUGUCACAAUAACUCAAAAUAUUAGCAAAAUGUUCAAAUAAAGGGUAUUGCUGUGCAAAGAGAAUGAAGUGGAGUGAACAGAGCAUUUUGAGCUUUUGAGAUGUAGACCAACUAAUGGAAAGGGGUUACUCAAAUGUGUGAAUAAAACAAAGCACAACUCCAGGCGGACCUUUAAAACAUUGUAAAUAAAAUCCAGUCCAGUGCAUAACGCUACUAAUUGUACUUUAUGCUAUUAUUUCUUAAUUUGUUGCCAACCAAAAAAUUUUUUGUAUUUUGCGAUGUUAUUUUAUUAAAAUUGUUGAAUUUUAUAAAAUAGCUAUGUUCAUGUUCAUUCUGUCAUGCUCCUUUUGAAAUGCCCCUGGUGAUGGAGGGACAAAAAUGCAGAUAAAAUGUUAAGAAACGAGCCUUGACUUGUCCCUAAAGGCCAAGAUCUGUCUCUGUAGACAACAAUGUGUCAUUUCUAACAUGUAUGUGCAGAGGAGGAUAGUACUCUUACACUUUACUCAGUUAUAUUUACUUGAGUAACCUUUUAAAGAAGUUGUACUUUUCUAGCAGCACGUUUGCUUUAACUUGAGUAUUUUUUUUAUUUUUAUUGUAGUAACAUUACACUUGAGAAAAUGUUUUUGGUGACUCUUCCCACUCU